CGGCGCGCGGCGCUGCUGGUUAUAGGCGACGUGCAAGCGCGUGGCGCGCCACAGAAGAAGCGCGAGGAUGCAGCGAGACAAAACCGGAAGCUCCGGCGGGGCCGACAAGUCGGACCGGGAGACCGCCAUCAUGUCCAAGUACUACGAUGGGGUCGAGUUCCCGUUCUGCGACGAGUUUUCCAAGUAUGAAAAGCUCGCAAAGAUCGGCCAAGGCACCUUCGGGGAGGUGUUCAAGGCCAAGCACAGACAGACGGGCAAGAAGGUGGCGCUCAAGAAGGUGCUGAUGGAGAACGAGAAAGAAGGGUUCCCCAUCACGGCUCUGAGGGAGAUCAAGAUACUCCAGCUGCUGAAACACGAAAACGUCGUGAACCUGAUCGAGAUCUGCAGGACCAAGGCCACACAGUUCAACCGCUACAAAGGCAGCAUCUACCUCGUGUUCGACUUCUGCGAGCACGACCUGGCCGGACUGCUCAGCAACGCCAACGUGAAGUUCACGCUGUCGGAGAUCAAGAAGGUCAUGCAGAUGCUUCUGAACGGCCUCUACUACAUACACAGGAACAAGAUCCUGCACAGGGACAUGAAGGCGGCGAACGUCUUGAUCACGCGGGAUGGCGUCCUGAAGCUGGCCGACUUUGGCCUCGCGCGAGCGUUCAGCCUGGCCAAGAGUAGCCAGGGAAACCGUUACACCAACCGCGUGGUGACCCUGUGGUACCGGCCGCCCGAGCUUCUGCUAGGGGAGCGAGAUUAUGGUCCCCCUAUCGACCUGUGGGGUGCGGGGUGUAUCAUGGCUGAGAUGUGGACUAGAAGCCCCAUCAUGCAGGGCAACACAGAGCAGCAUCAGCUCACACUGAUCAGCCAGCUGUGUGGAUCCAUUACUGCAGAGGUGUGGCCAGGCGUGGAUAAAAAGUAUGAGCUUUAUCAGAAGAUGGAGCUGCCCAAAGGCCAGAAGCGGAAGGUGAAGGACCGCCUGAAGGCUUACGUGAAGGACCCGUACGCCCUUGACCUCAUCGACAAGCUCCUGGUGCUCGACCCCGCCCAGCGCAUCGACAGCGACGACGCACUUAACCACGACUUCUUCUGGUCCGACCCCAUGCCUUCCGACCUCAAGAACAUGCUCUCCACACACAACACCUCCAUGUUCGAGUAUCUGGCCCCGCCCAGAAGGCGAGGACACAUGCCCCAGCAGCCGGCCAAUCAGAGCAGGAACCCUGCCACCACCAGCCAGCCAGAGUUCGACAGGGUGUUUUGAUUUGGCUUCGAGGCAGGUUUAGGCAGACUGUGAUUGGUCAGGUAGAAGACAAAUGUGUCGGAUUGGCUGAGCAUGUGGGCGGGAGGUCAUAACCAGCCUUGCCCUGUAGCGUUUUGGACGUGAUAUUUACAUGUUUAUUAUUUUCAUGAAUUAUUGUUUCUCGUUGGUCUGCCAACAUGCGUUGUCGUUCCUAGCUUCGACCAGGAGUUCUACAAUAAAUUAGGAUUUGCUCGUACAACUUUAAUCUUAAAUUAGGAUGGCGGCCAGUCGAGCCAAAUGACUUUUCCCAGAGCGUAAGCCAACCUUCAGGUGGAACAAACUUGCUCCUGAGUCAGUGAAUCCGCCUUUGCAGCGUUCCGGCCCUUCCCAGAGGCCCCAACUCUCCGUCGCUGUGCGUAGCUUAGUCGUCUCUGUCCGGCUGUUUCCAAGGAUGUGUUUAGGUGGACGGCAACAUGAAAUCGAGGGCCGGUGUGGCGCGAGGUGGCCAGUCCCCAGGAACUCCAGGCACGUGGCUGGGAAUUCCGCCUUCAGCCUCACAUGGACGUUUGCGUCGAGUCCCUGAGCUAUUUUGGGCCCGGCGUGGCCGUGCUGGUGUUAAUAACUACCAUCUGCCCUGGCUCAGGAACGGGUUUGAUGGGAAUACGUGUCAGGGUAAGUUGCUUUUUUAGAUAAUGUAGAAGAAGAAGAAGAAGAAGAAGAAAAGCAAUUUUUUCUAUGAUUGGGAAGCACGGAAUGCUCGCGUGCAAUUCUCGUGUGGAAUACCUGUCAGAGGGCCAGUGAUCUGAACAUUUGAAUUUACUACUGAAAUCCCUGACUAAAGUGCAGUUUCGCUACAGAAUCCCCUGAUCAGGGAUAGUUUUUCCUGGCACUGCUUGCUGCCAGCCUCGGAAAAGUUAGGUCAUCAGGGCAGUCGCUGUUGAGCAUUCUUUUAAUGUUCGAUGAGAAUAUUAAAAGUAAAAGGGAUAAGUUUGACAAAUCAACCAUGUGUUAAGUCCACAAUAAACCUCACAGUACCUGUGGGCUCACAGAAGAGUUUAAGAUAGCUUUUUUUUUUUUUUUUUAAAUACCACCCUGCUAAAGUCUUCAUUUUCCAGUUUUACUGUUUUGUUAAGUUAAUUUUUUUAUAAUGAUUUUAUUUGUAAGUUUGUGUUGGUUUAAUUUGCUGAAGGUACCUGUAAGUGCAGUACCAAUAAACCUCUCACAUUCACUCAG